AAACAGAGUCACGGCCCCAGCUUUCAUGUCAACACCUAUUCAACCUGCAGAAUGUGAGGCUUUUCUUCUGCACUGCAUGCACAAGGAGGAGGAACAACGUCCUCCUAAUCUUUGUUAGUUCACUGUUCAGGAGUUAAAUGACAGCUGAGUGAACGGUGCUGGCCUUCAGCAAGAUAUGCCCCUUUGGACUGAGUCAUAUUCCACCAGUCUAGGUCACACCAGGCCUCCGUCUUUGAUGCCUGCAACCCCAGGCAGCCCUCGACAGGAGCAUGAGCCCAUGAACCCCCUUCGUAUUUCUGUCGGUGGCCUCCCCAUCCUGGCCUCCAUGGCUAAUGCCACGGACCCCCGUUUCCGCCUGAAGUGGAGGCCCAUCGCGGCCGUGGCACUCGCCCUGCUCCUGCUCCUGCUGCUCUUCAUGCACUUGAGUUCAGGCCUUCACUUUCGCUCCCACAACGUGAGAUCCCCUCACGUCGAGACCUGGCCGAUGGAGUCGCACUACAACAACACCUACCCUCUCAGUACACCCGAGCACACGUCACAGGGCACCCGCUAUCGCAUCGGGGUCAUUGCCGACCUGGACACCAACUCUAAAAGUGACAAGAAGCUGACGUGGUACAGCUACAUGCGGCGCGGUUACCUGCUGGUGUCUGCGAGCGGUGACAAGGUGGCCGUUGACUGGGAUGAAGACAGGGUGGUGCUGGAGAGCCACCUGUCGGAGAAAGGGCGUGGUAUGGAGCUGUCGGAACUGGUGGUGUUCAACGGGAAGCUCUACAGCGUCGAUGACAGAACGGGUGUAGUCUAUCACAUUGAUGGUGGUAAAGCUGUGCCCUGGGUCAUCUUACCUGAUGGUGAUGGCAGUGCUGCAAAAGGCUUCAAAGCGGAGUGGCUCGCAGUGAAAGACGAGCACCUGUACAUUGGUGGUCUGGGGAAGGAGUGGACCACGACUGAAGGAGAGUUCGUCAACAACAACCCUGAGUGGGUAAAAGUCGUUGGCUACAGAGGAGAUAUAAGACACGAGAACUGGGUCCCCAGGUACAAAGCUCUGAAGGUGGCAGCAGACAUAAAGCCCCCAGGUUAUCUUAUCCAUGAGUCAGCAGCGUGGAGCGACACACUGCAGCGCUGGUUCUUCCUCCCUCGCCGCGCCAGCAUGGAGCGCUAUGAGGAGACGGCGGACGAGCGUCGCGGCACCAACCUCGCCGUGAGCUGCUCGGCGGAUUUCAAAGACAUCAUUGUGAGUCGAGUGGGGCCUCUCAUCCCCACUCAUGGCUUCUCCUCCUUCAAGUUUGUUCCCAACACAGACGACCAGAUCAUCCUGGCCCUCAAGUCGGAGGAGGACGCCGGGAAGGUCGCGACAUACAUAAUGGCCUUCACACUUGACGGACGCAUCCUUUUACCUGAAACCAAGAUUGGGGACGUGAAAUAUGAAGGCCUAGAGUUCAUAUAGACGGCACAGAGACUGAGGGACUCUCUCUUGAGGACACUGCACUGUUAUUCUGUUUUGUUUACAAUGAAAUCACUGUUUUUAUUAAGUUAAUGCGAGCUGCUUCCUCACCAAGUUCUUCAUAAAAACACGACUUCAGCUGAGCUUCAGGGGUGAAGCAGAAGAACUGUGAGCAGAGACUGUGAGACGUGCAGUCCUGCUUUGGGUUUUAAGUGCAUCAUCUCCUUCCCGUGAACAAACGUGGUUCCGCAGUACUGUAGCCUUUCGUAUGAUGAAUGUACAAAUGAUUGAUUUGUUACGUUGUGUGAUUUCUUUUUUUUUUUUUUUUUUCCUAAAA